AUGAACAUUAGUCAGAAAAUCCAAUACUGGGGAUAUCCUUCUGAAGAAUACAAUGUUCUUACAGAAGAUGGCUAUUACCUGAGCCUGAACAGAAUUCCAGGAGGGAAAGGAAAAGGUAACUCAGACUCAAAGUCCUCCAUAUUGCUGAUGCAUGCCCUGACUAUGGAAGGCAGUGUCUGGGUAUCAAACACGCCCCACAAUAGCCUGGGCUUCAUACUAGCAGAUGCUGGAUAUGAUGUAUGGAUUGGAAAUAGCAGAGGAAAUUCCUGGUCCAGAAGACACCAAAACCUUACAAUUGAACAAGAAGCAUUUUGGGAUUUCAGUUUCCAUGAAAUGGGAAUCUGUGACCUUCCUGCCAUGAUAUACUUUAUUCUGCAAAAAACAGGACAGGAGAAAAUCUAUUAUGCUGGCCAUGCUCAGGGAAGCACUAUAGCUUUUGUGGCGUUUUCUGAAGUGCCUCAACUGGCUGAAAAAAUCAAGAUGUUUUUUGCCUUGGGACCUGCAUACACAUUACAUUUCAGCAUAAGUCCUAUUCUACAGUUUGAGAGGUUGCCAGAUGCAUUAAUAAAGAUUAUAUUUGGCACGAAAGAAUUCUGCCUGCUGAGUCCUACACUAAGAGCCUUUGUGGCCCAAAGGUGUGGCUGUCGACUAGUAGAUAUACUCUGCAAGCAAGCUCUUUUUCUUGUCAGUGGAUUCAAUGAGAAAAACCUAAAUGAGAGACGGUCUGAUGUGUAUGUAUCAGGAUUCCCAGAUUAUACCUCUGUGAAAAAUGCAAUCCACUGGGGCCAGUCAACUAAAACAGGACUCUUCAGAUUAUUUGACUAUGGUUCAAAGAAUAUAGAUAUAUACAACCAGACCACUCCACCCUUCUACAGGAUUGAAGAGAUCACCGUUCCAAUAGCUAUGUGGGCUGGAGGAAAUGACUGGGUAUGCCAACUGGAGGAAACCACAGAGUUACGGUCUCGAAUCCCGAAUCUAAUUCAUUACAAAGAGCUUCCAGAUUGGACCCACUGGGAUUUCAUUUGGGGUCUUGAUGCUCAUCAGCGCAUGUACACAGAAAUACUUGGCUUGAUGGAAAAAUUCCUGUGAAACUAUCUAGGAUCAGGACUCUGUUUUGUUAUUGUUACUUCUGUUUUACUUUUAUUUUCAGAGCAUACUUUAUUUUACACUUUUAAAAGUGUCCAGUAUCUUACCUUUGUGUAUGAAUCUAAUAAUUCUGUUCCAUAAUAUAUUCUGACUACUUACA